AUGGAUGCAGACGCGUUGAUCCGUGCUCAAGUCGAGUUGCACAAUCGUCUCGCUCGUGCAUUCGACAAUUACAAGAAGAUAGGCGCCGCCAAGGUUACCCGGGGUGUCAUCAAGGCUCGCAUUCAGCUGAUCGACUCUUACUGGGACAAGUUUCAGAGAAACGACGAAUCCCUUCGGGCUUCGCACUGGGGCGCUGUGGAGAAGCACGAAUACGUCACGAAGGAUUUCGCGGCGGCGACGGAGGAAAUCUAUCUCCAAAUGAGAGGUACAUUUGAUGAUCUUCUCGACACCACGCGUUCCGCGCCGGCAUUAGACGAGUCGGGACCGGGCGUCGCCGUGCAAAAUGUGUCGCGGACUUCGUUGCCGCGCAUAACCUUGCCGACCUUUUCCGGGCGUUUCGAGGACUGGCCGUCCUUCAGGGACCUCUUCAUGUCCAUCGUCGGUCGCGAUCAGUCGCUCAGUGCGGUGGAGCGACUGCACUAUUUAAAGACGAGUGUGCGUGGCGAGGCGGAGCAGCUGAUCCGGUGUUUCGCGACGAUCGACGAGAACUUCAAUCGCGCGUGGGCCACUCUCUCCGAACACUACGAGAAUCGGCGCUUGCUUGUCAACUCGUACUAUCAAGCAUUUCUCACGCUACCGCGAAUGAAAGGCGAAUCGGCCGGAGAUCUGCGGCGCGUGUAUCACGGCAUGACUGCCGCCGUUGGAUCGCUCGACGGAAUAGGUCGUUCGGUGUUCGGCUCUCCCGAUCUCUUUGUGCACAUCGUCGUGAGCCUGCUCGAUUCAAGGACGAGACGCGAGUGGGAGCUCGCGAUCGGGGGCACCUCAGAGCCUCCGUCUUACGAGACUCUGAGGAAAUUCUUGGAGACCCGGCUCCAGAUGCUCGUCGCGAUGUCACCGGGCGGGGUCGGCGUGGCUGUUGCGAGGCACAUCGAGGGCGCGCCGCGUUCCGUCCGGACUCAUCAUGCGCAGAGGAACGUUAAAGCGGAGCAUUGUGCCCUAUGCUCCAAGGGACACUUCCUUCUUUUCUGCAACGCGUACUUGAAGAGGCAGCCGCUCGAGCGUCGGCGAGUGGUUGAGAGUGCAGGACUCUGCCAUAACUGCCUCGGAAGGCAUACCGUCAGUGAGUGCCGAUCGUCUCGGACGUGCUCCAGCUGCAACCUGCGGCAUAACUCGACGCUGCACGAGGCGUUUGUCGAGGGAGCGCCGGGAACGACGGUCGCCGCGGUGUCUACGCACGUCGUGCGGCGGUCGCGAUCCGCGCCCGGCCGAGUGCUUCUGGCCACAGCGCGCGUCCUCAUCAAGGACGGUCAGGGGGUGUCGCAUCCGGCGCGCGCCCUGGUAGAUCCUGCAUCGGAGACUUCCUUGGUGGCCGAGUCACUCGUGCAGCGACUACGUCUUGCUCGCAUUCGCGUGUCGGUGUCGAUUGGCGGAGUGGGGGGCAAGCAUGCCGAUCCCGCUCGAGGCUUGGUGAGACUCGAUGUCGGCUCACGUUGUCGUGACGCGCAGCUCAAGGUCGAGGCAUUGAUCUUGCCUCGGAUCACCAACUACGGCUGCAGAGCGGAGAUUGCUGGGUCAACGUGGCCACAUUUACAGGGACUGAUGCUGGCGGACCCCAACAGCGGAGCUGGAGACCCAAUCGAGCUGCUCUUGGGAGCCGAUGUGUUCCCUGCGAUUCUCCUGGCCGGGACGCGCAGUGCGGGGCCCCAGGCUCCGGUCGCGCAGGAGACCUUUCUGGGGUGGAUUCUGACUGGUGCGGCUGAACGUCAGGAGGGCGGUUCGACGCUGUCGGUCCACGUGUGCUCAGUGGAGUCGGAGCUCCUCAAGCAGGUGCGCGCAUUCUGGGAGCAGGAGGAGCUGCCCUCCUCCCCCAGGCCUCUGUCCGUGGAGGAGCGGCGCUGCGAAGAGUAUUUUACUCGCACCGUCAUGCGGGACGCGGACGGACGAUACACCGUUCGCCUUCCGGUGACGAACGACAUGCCGAACUUCAGUGCAUCUCGCCGUGCUGCAGCGGGGGCACUGAGAGGAAUGGAGCGUCGGUUCCGGACGGAUGCGGAGCUGCAGCGUCUGUACACUGCGUUCAUGCGCGAGUACGCCUCCUUGGGCCACAUGCGGCCAGUGCAGCCGCCAACGGGUCCUCAUCCCGCUACUUGUUUUCUGCCGCACCACGGAGUCCUGAAGGUGUGGGAUGCUGGAUCCAAGCUGAGAGUCGUGUUCAACGGCUCGUGCAGGCUGCCGUCGGGCGACACACUCAACCGGCACUUGCUGGUCGGGCCAAAUCUGGUGCCAUUGCUGGCCGAUGUGCUUCUCCGCUGGAGGCAGCAUCGGUUCGUCUUCGUGACGGACAUUGAGAAAAUGUAUCGUCAGGUUCGUGUGCACGAGGACGACCGACGGUUCCAGAGGAUCCUGUGGCGGGAGAGCGACCGGACGGACAUCCAGGAGUUCGCUCUGUCCACCGUGACGUAUGGACUUGCGUGCGCACCAUACUUGGCGGUGCGCGUCCUCCAGCAGCUGGCUGGGGAUGAAGGAAGUCGAUUUCCCAAGGGCGCACUCGCGCUCGCUCGGGAUGCCUACGUCGAUGACAUACUCUCAGGGGCCGACUCACUUCCGGAAGCAGUGGAGCUGCGCGACCAGCUGUCGCAGCUUUGUGUCGCAGGCGGCUUCCCUUUGCGCAAAUGGGCAGCCAACAGUAAGACGCUCCUGGAGGGCGUCCCAAAGGACCACCAAGCCGGGCAAGCAGCAGUCACCUGGGAAAGCAGAGAGUGUCACUCGACGCUAGGCUUGCAGUGGCACGCGGGAGACGACUAUUUCUGUUACAGAAUAACUACGUGGGCAGAGGGUCCUGUGACCAGGCGUGCGGUGCUCUCUCGGACUGUAGGGUUGUACGAUCCGCUGGGUUGGUUGGCUCCCGUGAUAGUGCGAGCCAAAAUCUUUGUGCAGCGAACGUGGCUCCUGCAGCUGGAGUGGGACGACCCGCUCGGUGCAGUUCAGGCCGAGGAAUGGCGCACAUUCGAGCGAGCAUUGCCUGUGCUCGGGGAGGUCCGAGUGUCACGUUGGCUUGGCACUGCGGCGACCGUGGGACAGCGGAUCGAGCUCCACGGCUUUGCGGAUGCGUCGGAACAAGCCUAUGCAGCUGUCGUCUACGUGCGUGUGGUGCAUGAGGGUCGGGGUGCCGAGGUGACACUGGCGUUGGCCAAAACACGCGUCGCGCCGUUGAGACAGAUUUCACUGCCUCGACUUGAGCUCUGUGCUGCGGUGAUGUUGGUGCGCCUAGUGAGCCAUACGCGGCGAAUCCUGACACUGACUACAGCGCCCGUAUACCUCUGGUCGGACUCUACUGUGGCCUUGGGGUGGAUUCGGGGUCACCCGGCGAGGUGGACCACCUUUGUUGCUAACAGGGUGGCCGAGGUCCAGCAGUUGCUGCCCGACGCUCGCUGGCGGCACGUGGCUAGCGGAGACAAUCCAGCGGAUUGCGCUUCGCGGGGCCUCGCUCCUCGGGACCUAAUGGCGCACUCCCUGUGGUGGAGCGGCCCAGACUUCCUCACCAGCGGGACCAUACCGAGCUGCGUGGAUCCUGAGAGCUUCAGUGACGACCUCCCGGAACAGCGGCGUGUCGUGCAUUCGGUGUCUGCGACGCAGGAGAACGAGUUGCUUGCUCGUUUCUCGUCGUGGCAUCGACUCGUGCGAGUCACGGCUUGGCUGCUGCGUUGGCGGUGGGACGCGACGACUCGCAUGAGGGGACCGCUUGCCCCGGAGGAGCUCCAGCGAGCACGGGCAAGGUGGAUCACCUUGGAGCAGGCGGCAGCGUAUCCGGCGGAGUUGGCUGCCUUGAAGUCGGGGACGACUCUGCCAGCGCGCAGCUCGCUCUUGGCGCUGAGUCCGACCUGCGAUGGAGUCGGCGUGUUGCGUGUUGGCGGGCGGCUGCAGCGCUCGGCAAUCGGGGAUGAAGCCCGUCACCCCAUUAUUCUCCCUCCACGCUCGCGUGUUACAGGGCUCAUCAUCGAGGCAUUCCACAGGCGGGCUUUGCACGGAGGACCGCAGCUCACACAUGCACUUUUGAGGCAACAAUUUUGGAUUCCACGAGGAAGGCUCCUCGUGCGACAGGCGAUCCAUCGGUGUGCGAUCUGUGCCAGAUGGCGGGCGGCAACACCGCAGCCCCUCAUGGGGGAGCUGCCACAUUCAAGGGUGACACCGUCGAGGCCCUUUACCUUCACGGGGGUGGACUACGCCGGACCGGUGUACGUGCGCACUGCCAAGGGCAGGGGACAUAAGGCGCAGAAGGCGUUCCUCUGCGUAUUUGUCUGCCUUUCCAGCCGGGCCAUACACCUCGAGGUGGCCUCGGAUUACACCUCCGACGCCUUCCUGGCAGCCCUCAGGCGUUUUGUGUCUCGGAGAGGGAUGUGCCGCGAACUGUGGUCCGAUUGCGGCACCAAUUUCGUCGGCGCGGAUGCUCAGCUGCGAGCGCUCUUCCGCGCUGCGGGACGUGAGGCCGCUCACAUCGCAGACCAACUUGCUACCGAGGGGGUGCGGUGGCGUUUCAAUCCGCCAGCUGCACCGCACUUCGGCGGAAUCUGGGAGGCGGCGGUGAAAUCCGUGAAGCACCAUCUACGACGCGUCGUGGGCGAGGCGACGCUGACUUUCGAGGAGAUGUCAACACUCCUGGCUGAGGUGGAAGCAUGCCUCAAUUCCAGGCCGCUCCAGGCAUUAACAGACGACCCCGAGGACCUCGAAGCACUCACUCCGGGGCACUUCCUCAUUGGAGCGCCGUUAGUUUCUCUGCCUGAGCCGACGCUCGAUACUGUGCCUCCUGGCCGACUUACGCGGUGGAAACUGUUGCAGCAAAUGCGGGACCACUUUUGGCGACGCUGGUCUAUGGAGUACGUGACUGCGUUGCAGCCACGACCGAAGUGGAGGAGGUGCGGCUACACACUGGGCGUUGGGCAACUUUGCCUUGUGCGCUCUCAGCUCACACCUCCAUCGCGUUGGCCGUUGGCGCGGGUGAUCGCCGUGCAUCCGGGAGCGGACGGUCACGUGAGAGUGGUCACGGUGAGGACCGCAACCGGUGAACUCACGCGGCCGGCCGUGCGGAUCGUGCCUCUACCCGGAACCUCAGGCGACGUCGAGCCUGAGCCACCGCAGGACACCAAAGAAGUCAAGUGA